UCCUCCCUCACUCCCUCCCUCUUCUCUCUCGUCUUGCCGACUUUCAGUAAUUCGCAAUUUUUAGUGCAAGCCGUUUUGGGGAGAAAAGAAAAUAGAUUGAUCCUUUUAAAACUCAGGCCCAAUUACCAGAAGUGAUUUGGUCAAUUUACAAUCAGUCAUGUUGCCUCAAAUACUUCAAUUAGUAGGAAGACGAUAUAUCAUGAUGCCUGUUGCUAUAAUUGGCGGGACUAUUGGUUACCUGAUUGAAAGCUACAUCUCUGAUAGAAAAACUCCUGGCCUGGACACAAGUAUUGAAGAUAUUCGAGUGGGUAGACUAGUAGAAUCAGAACUUUCUUCGGACCCUACUAAUGUUGGAAGUUUGAAAGAAAAGAAGUUCGUUCCCAAAACUAUAUUUGAAAAAAAUCUAUCACCUUCUCUGCAAACAACUAGUUAGGAAUAUGAUGGCACUUAGAUGUACUUUUUAAUUUUGCAGUAGUUUUAAUGAAGUUAACUAUGCGUUUCUUAUGCUUUUUUUCUUUUGUGUAUGUAAUACAAAAUUUACUAUUGAGGAAGAUGUUAUACAACAAUUAUUGGUUUAUAACACUUAAAGAAAACCGUUUUCUACUUCAAGAAUCUAGAAAAGUUCAGAAAUCAGAGAAUUAUGAUAAAUAAAGUGAAACUUAAGCCCA